AGUAGAUGAGUCUUUUUAACCAGAAUCUGCCAAGUUUCUGUUCCAACAAUAUGUUAGUCAAUUUUCUCCUUCUUCUUCCUCCUCCUCCUGUCGACCUCUUAACAAGCCACCUCAACAACUCUGUCCCCAUUAUAAUCCCACUUUGUUCUUCUUCUUCUCUGGCUCUCGCAAAAUAAUUAAAAUAAUGGCCGCCGGAACCACCGAUCAACAGCGCUCCAUCGGCGUCGAAAAGCUCCCCCACCUCACGGACUAUUUCCCGGACCUCCAGACCCACACAAACCCUCUCCAGAGCAACCAAUUCUUCCACCCAUCCGACGGCUUCUACGUCACGCCCACCGACGUCGUCCUCCGCCACACCGCCUUCGACCUCGCCGCCAACUUUCCGGCGACGGCGGCGGCCCCACUCCAGGCGUACCAUCGCGCCGGUCCGCGCCGGUCCAUCUAUUUCGAACCGGGAAGUGUCCGGGCGGCGAUCGUCACGUGCGGGGGGCUGUGCCCGGGGAUGAACACCGUGAUCAGAGAGCUGGUGGUGGGGCUGUGGGAGGUGUACGGCGUGCGGCGGAUCUGUGGGAUCGUGGCCGGAUACAGAGGGUUUUAUUCCGACAACGCGGUGGAGCUGAACCCGAAGCUGGUCCAUAACUGGCAUAAGAGAGGCGGCACCGCCCUCGAAACCUCCAGAGGGGGAUUCGAUCUCCACAAAAUCGUUGAUGCGAUACAACAUCAGGGUUUCAAUCAGGUCUACAUUAUCGGAGGAGAUGGCACAAUGCGCGGCGCCGUCAAGAUAUUCGACGAAAUAUGUCGUCGGAGACUUCAAGUCGCCGUCACAGGAAUUCCGAAAACCGUCGACAACGACGUCGGAAUCAUCGAUCAAUCAUUUGGAUUUCAAACGGCCGUCGAAAUGGCGCAGCAGGCAAUCAGUGCCGCCCAUGUGGAGGCCGAGAGCGCGGUGAACGGCAUAGGUCUGGUCAAAUUGAUGGGCCGAAGCACCGGCCACAUCGCUCUUCACGCCACACUGAGCAGCCGAGACGUCGAUUGCUGCUUAAUACCUGAAAUGGCCUUCUACUUGGAAGGCAGCGGAGGGUUGUUUACGUUUCUCGAUCAGAAACUGAAGGAGAAUGGCCAUGCGGUUCUGGUGGUUGCAGAGGGAGCAGGGCAAGAUUUGAUACCUAGAACUGAGGCUCAAAAAGAAGAGAGGGACGAAUCUGGAAAUCCCGUCUUCUUGGACGUGGGCGGAUGGUUGAAGACGGAGCUCAGGAAUUGGUGGGCGAGAACGCACCCUGGUGAGUUGUUUACAGUAAAAUAUAUUGAUCCUACUUAUAUGAUCCGUGCGGUGCCUGCAAAUGCUACGGAUAACUCCUACUGUUCCUUGCUGGCUCAUUCGGCCAUCCAUGGCGUAAUGGCUGGUUAUACUGGAUUUGUCCCUGGCCCUAUUAAUAGACACUAUUCAUAUAUUCCAUUGAAAGAGGUGGCAGAAGCAAAGAAUGAAGUUAAUACGAGAGAUCAUAAAUGGGCAUGGGUUAGAUCCGUCACCAAUCAGCCUGAUUUUGUCAGAAGCUAACCAUUUGAUCCGAGAAAUCAGAAUCCAUGGGGGGUUUUUAGUUGAAAUAAAUUUUAGGAUUCAAUGACUGGAAAGUAUUGUUGAAGAUAUUUGUAACCUGUCCUUAACUUUUGACAUCAAAGUGCUUGUUUGGUAGCCCAUAUUUUUGUAGGAAAUGAUAUGGGCAUUGCAUAUACUUAACUUUUGUGCACACCAAUCAAAAUGAUCAAACACUUGGUUGUUCUUAAGCA